AUGUUAUUAUCACAUGUUCCAUUAUGAUUCUGUUCGUUUCAUAACCACACCCUUUGGAAGCUUGCUGAUGAUUUGGUUAAAGCUUUGUUUUGUGUUUCCGGUGUUUGUUACAUCCGUGGUUCUUUUUUGUCAGUCAUCUUCCCACACACACACACUAAAUAUCGAGAGCUAUUUAUUACAUUAUCUAGUUGAUGUUGUAUCGCGCGAUUAUGAGAACAUCUAG